CUUGCUUGAGUGGUGUGCUGGUGCUGGUGGCGCGGAUACUAGCCUAGCGCUCGGCGGACGCGCCACUCGUCGGGAGCCGCGCAGCGCACGUGCUACACCUCGGGAUACGCUCCAGGACAGCUCACGGUGGGCAGCGGCAGUGGGGAUGCGCCACUAGCGGCCACCGCCACCAGCAGCAGCACACAGCAGCAGCAACAGCAGCAGAGACCGGCAGCGCGGCGGCGAGCGACGACCUGGAAACGAUGACGGACCCGCGAGACAGCCCGCUGGGCAACGAGAAGCAGCUGCUGUCGCUCGAGAUGAACCAGUGCGGCGGGUCGGCGCUGCUCGAGGCGGUCGAGGUGACGACCGGAUCCGGCGCGGCCGCCGCCGUCGGGGGCGGCAAGACGUCGGCGCCGCUGCCCGAGCGCGGCACGUGGGCCGGCAAGCUGGACUUCAUCCUGUCCGUGGUGGGGCUAGCCAUCGGGCUGGGCAACGUGUGGCGCUUCCCCUACCUGUGCUACAAGAACGGCGGCGGCGCCUUCCUCAUCCCCUACUUCCUCACGCUCGUCCUCGCCGGCAUCCCCAUGUUCUUCAUGGAGCUCGCCCUCGGCCAGAUGCUCACCAUCGGCGGGCUCGGCGUCUUCCGGAUCGCGCCCCUCUUCAAGGGUAUUGGAUAUGCAGCAGCAGUAAUGUCUUGUUGGAUGAACAUAUACUAUAUUGUCAUCCUUGCCUGGGCCAUCUUUUAUUUUUUCAUGUCACUUCGUUCUGAUGUUCCCUGGAGAACGUGUAACAAUUACUGGAACACACCUAACUGUGUGAAUGCUUACGAAAGAAGCAAUUUGACUUGCUGGGAUGUGCCAUAUAACAGCACAGCAAAUUCAAAAAUAUGUGCUGUGAAUCAAUUAAACAUCUCUGUGAGGGAACUAACAGAUCCUGUUAAGGAGUUCUGGGAACGACGAGCACUACAGAUUUCAGAAGGUGUUGAGCAUGUUGGCGGUAUUAGAUGGGAGCUUGCUGGGACUCUGCUACUUGUUUGGGUCAUGUGCUACUUUUGCAUCUGGAAGGGUGUCAAAUGGACUGGCAAAGUGGUGUACUUCACUGCUCUGUUUCCUUAUGUGCUUCUGACUGUACUCCUGAUACGUGGAAUUACAUUACCUGGAGCCGCUGAGGGAAUCAGAUUUUAUAUCAGCCCGAACCUGUCCAAAUUGCAGGAGUCUGAGGUAUGGAUUGAUGCUGUCACACAAAUAUUUUUCUCUUAUGGCCUUGGACUUGGCACACUUGUGGCCUUAGGAAGUUACAACAAGUUUACCAACAAUGUUUACAAGGAUGCACUUAUUGUCUGUUCCGUGAAUUCAAGUACUAGUGUCUUUGCUGGUUUUGUCAUCUUCUCGGUAGUUGGAUUCAUGGCCCAUGAACAACAGAAGCCAGUUGCGGAAGUAGCAGCUUCAGGACCAGGGCUGGCAUUUCUUGCUUAUCCAUCUGCUGUUCUACAGUUGCCUGGUGCUCCAGUAUGGUCAUGUUUAUUUUUCUUAAUGUUGCUUUGUAUUGGCCUUGACAGUCAGUUCUGUACAAUGGAAGGAUUUGUAACAGCAAUGGUUGAUGAGUGGCCACAGUUGCUGCGCAGAAGAAAAGAGAUAUUUAUUGCUAUUGUAUGCUUCCUAUCAUAUUUAGUUGGACUGUCCUGCAUUUCACAGGGAGGAAUGUAUGUAUUUCAAAUAUUGGAUUCAUACGCAGUCAGUGGAUUCUGUUUAUUGUUCCUGAUAUUCUUUGAAUGCAUUGCAAUUUCCUGGGCAUUUGGAGUGAAUCGCUUUUAUGAUGGAAUAAAGGAUAUGAUUGGUUACUACCCAUUCAUGUGGUGGAAGUUCUGUUGGACUAUAGCUACUCCAUUUAUAUGUGUGGGUGUUUUCAUAUUUAACCUUGUUCAAUGGACACCAAUUAAAUAUCUGGAUUAUGAAUAUCCAUGGUGGAGCCACUUCCUAGGUUGGAUUACAGCUUUGUCAUCAAUGUUGUGCAUACCAGGAUAUAUGAUUUAUCUGUGGCUAAAAACACCUGGUGAUUUUAGAAUGAAAAUGAAACUGUUGGUACGAAUAGAGGAUGACAUUUCCACAUUACGUGAGAAAAUGACAAGCGGAGUGUCGGAUAUAAGUUCAUUAUAAUGAAGACCAAUGAUUUACUAAACUAAAUAAAACUCUGUGUCCAAAAACAGUGAAGAAGAAUGAAAUUAUUUGUGAAGUGACAAAACAAAAUGUUGUGUUCAUAAGCGGUAGGGUAUUUACAUGAAAGUGUCUUCCAUUGUAACACCAGAGUUUAUCUAGUGUUCUAGAGUCAAGACAGCAGAAUGGAUUCAUCUCAGUUAAUUAGAAAAUGCUUGAUAAUAUACCUGUGUUAGUGUACAUAAACCUCAAAAAUGGAAUCGAAGCAAAUGCGGUACUUCUUUUCACAAAUGUGAUGUGUAUCGCAUUGGACAUACGACAUGGAUGGGGAAUGGAAGAUUCAUGCAUUCUCUACAAGCACUUAAGGGAAUAGAAACAGCGGAAUUAAACAUGUACAAAUAAAUGUUAUGAGUGUUUUUAAAUGAUAUUUGAGUAAUUGAUAAUGUGGCUGUUGCUGCUGCUGUUGUUUAUACAUGUACUUCUAGUGCAUCUGUGUUAAAAUAAGAUUUCUGAUCAAUGUAUCUCAUAGUUUAAGAACAACCUCACUAUUCAUAUCAUUUUUCAUUCAUCAGAACAGAAGUUACAUGCCACAUAAACCAGAUGUGGAAAAUAUGGAACAACCUCCACGUAAAUAGAAAAAUUAAAACGUCAAAAGUGGCCUACUUUUGUUCAGUAAGAGCAUUUGUUAGAAGUAUAUUAGUGUUUCCUUUAUUUGCAGAAACAAGAAAAAUAAUUUCAAGUAAUGUUUUAUUUAUUUCAUUUUGUACAUUAAAUCUGUUUCUGUGUGCUGUUGACAAUCAUAGUACCCAUUCACCUCUCCUGCAUUUUUAUGUUUUGACAUUUUAAUAAUGGACAAUUCUUUGUAAUUUUAAUAAAACUUUUUUAAUGUAAAGCUUUUCUAUAUCCUCCAAUGAAUUUGAACAACUGAAGGGCUCUAGAUGAAUGUAAUUAUCCUUUCACUUCACUUAUUCCUCUGGUUAUUCGUGUGUGUGUGUGUGUGUGUGUGUGUGUGUGUGUGUGUGGGUGGGUGGGUGGGUGGGCGCGUGUGCAUGUUAGCACCAAAUUUUAUUUCCCACAACGUAAACAGGAACAGGUUUUUUAUUUUAAAAAAAGAAAUUUGAAAGAUUAAGUUCAUUGUGUGUUUCCAGACGCACUGAUAGCAGAUCUAUUUUCACUAUCUGAUCAACAUAAAGAUCUCAUCAAACUGCAGUGAGUUGUUCUACAUGUGGCAUCAAUUUGUCAUGUCACUGUAGCAAUGACAUAGACAAGUGAUACAUUUUAGUAUCACUGCAAUAGUGGUAUUCAUUGUUUUACUUGUGCUGGCUUAUUUUAGACAGUAUCAUAUCCUAAGCCGAGGAAGUGGACCUUUAUUGACAUGAUAUGAACUGAAAGUACCUUGGCAUGUGCUAAGCAUCACCAGUUCAAAUUUACUACAAAAAUUUUUAAUUCUCACUAUAAGUCUAAAAACUGAAAAUUAUUACAGCUAUAAUUACAUUUACUUCAAAACAGAGAUUUUUUUCAUGCCAUGCUGUAGGGAAAUCAUGCAAAAGCUGCCUGAAGAUUAUUAGUGAAGGAAUGAAAUAGGAAUGCACUUUUUAGAUGAAAAAGGUUGGUUUCAUUAAACAGAAGCUGCCAUGAAAAAUUAUAGAUGUUAUUCAUCAAAGAUACAAAAUAAAAAAUAUAUAUUGUCUCCAUCUUAUAACAUUUAAAUGGUUAAAAUAUUUCAUAACAAGUUGUUAAGGUAAAUAUUACAUUUAAACUUCUUACUUUCUGUUGGCACUUACAUCAUCUCUAUUGUAAAUAAAAACUGUAUAUUUGUAUGGCCACUUAUAUAUUCUGGACAAUAUUGUAAAAAUUUAUUAAUAGAAAAAAAUAUGUGUGGCAUUAUUACAGAGUAGAUGUCAGAGAGAACAUGGACUUGUUCUACAUGUGGUUUCAGUCUGUCAUGUCAUUGUAGCAAUACCACAUUCCAGAGACUCUUUUUAGUAUUACUAUAACAGUAUUAUUCAUCAGUUUACUUGUGCUGACUCAUUUUAGGCACCAUCAUACCCUAUCAAAAAAGAAGGAAUAAAGCAUCAAGGUAUCAGCAGUUGUGAUACAGUUCAAAAGAACUUAAAGGUAAUACUAAAUUGAGAUAAGUGAUAUGAAGUAUGCAUUAUACAAUGUAUUAAGUGGAAUGUAUUGCAUAAUCAUUUUCAUUCUGUACAGUAUCCCUCAAAUAACAAGUUCACAAUAGUUUGUGACAUUACAAAUACUAUUGUAAUGUCAUCAUUUGUAGACUAUUCAAAAUUUACUGGCAACUUUUAAGUCUACAAUUUUAAGUACCUACUGUGUAAUUUUUUAAAUGUAUCUGAUCUUGCAGAUUGCAUGAUACUGUUUUAUGUACACAGAAUCAUGCACUUCAGAAAUCUAUAAUAUCCUUCAGACUAUUUCGUAAGCUUAAUGAACAUAAA